GGAACGUUUAACAGACAGCUUCGUUUUCUCACCGGACCGUUGUUAGUAGUCGAACCAACAAGGCAAGCAGAAUGGAAGUGAGAGAUGCCAAUGCUGCUAUGCUAAGCAAUUUUGAGGUCUAUCAGUUGCUGACAGACCUAAAAGAAAAAAGAAAGGAGAUGGUUAAAAAUAAGCACAGUGCCGGGCAGCAGAAUCUCAACACCAUCAUGUAUGAGACCCUGAAGUACCUCUCCAAAACGCCGUGUGCUCAUCAGAAUCCAGACACUGUGAAGGAGUUCCUCACUGCUAUGCUGCCUCACAAGCUCACUAAAGCAGAGAAGUUGCAGCUCCUUAACCACAGACCUCAGACUGCUGUUGAAAUCCAGCUGAUGGUAGAAGAGAGUGAGGAAAGACUGACAGAAGAACAGAUCGAUGAACUUAUACAGAAAGUCACGGAUGUCCUGCCUGGUGACCCUCAGAAGGAAGGCGAAGCAUCUGCUGACCCUGAGAUGGAGACAGACCAGUAGCAUCAGCCCUGGAAACUCCAAUUAUAUCUGUGUGUGUGUGUGUUUUCAUUUUUAAAAAAACAUUUUUUUUAUUUGACUUCAGAUUUGUUAACAGUGCUUUUCAUCUUAAGUGAUGUCUAAGAAAAGUGUUAAAACAUAUAUUUAUUUUUCCUGAUGUAUAUAUUGUACAAGCACAUAAUAAAGAAAUACCAUAUAUGGUUUUGUUGACUUUUUAGACCCAUUUGUAGGAGUUGCAUUGAUCUUUGCUUACGAGAAGGAUACAAUGUUUUGAAUUCAAGACGAUCUCACUUCCCCUUUGGCAUCCUUCCUGUAUUGCUCCUCUUUAUUUUGGCACGUGAUCUUACCGCAUAAUCAGUGAUCAUUUUAAGGUUCGAUUUUGGAGAGCUUGAGCAAAGUAAACCUGGUCGUUAAGGUGUUAAUUAUGGGCAUUUAUCAUUUGUCAAACUGUCUCUACUGACCAAACUUAUGAAUAUGCGAAGUCAGUACUAUGACUAUGAUCUUGUAAUAAAUAAAGUUUACGAGACUUUAUCAAUAAAGUAGCUCA